UUAUAAAAUGUCGUCGUUUGUCUCAUUUGAAUUCGAUGCUCGACAAUGUAAAGGAGUAUAACACGAAUCCAAACACUCAAAUAGGUAAUACGUUAUUAUUAUUUGGGAAUAUGGAAAAAGUUAUAUUUUUGAUAUUGAUGUUCGUCUGCUAUUCCCAUCAGAGGCCACAGCUCGAAGAAGACGUAUUGACCACAACAGAGACGACCGACACUACUACUGAAGAGCUCAAGAGCUUGGAAAAAAUUUCAGUAGUAACCCAAGCCACUGCAGUGUCGGUUCAUACUUCCGUUAACUUUUCGUCGUACAAGCCGAGCGAGGUUUUCGAAGACUUUAAGCCCAGCAACUAUUACAGACCCGACGGUAACCCUAUAUUUGAAAGGCCGAGUCCAGAAGUCGCUAACCAAGUUUUCCUGAAACCUCAAUACUUUGUAAAGCCGGAUAAUCAAACAAACCGAUCGUCACCGAAACCCAGUGACAAUAAUGUAGUUUUCCCCCAAGCGACCCAAGAACAUUACUCCCAAUAUUCGCAGUACGACGACCGAUCUAACGGACCGGAGUCUAGAGGUCCGUAUAAGUUCACCGAAGUCUCACCUCGGCAGCAGUUCAAGCCGAUGAAACACGAUUUCGGUGGGACGCUGCCCAUCGGUGCUUACGACAACAACUAUUACGAAAGGCAUUUUGGAAAGUAUCACGUGAAAGAGAUGUCGCAUUAUCCAGACAUAAUACACGAACCACCAAAAGUCUAUCAUCACAGCGUCACGACUGCUCAUAAAAAAGAUCCCUGGAAGAGCAUGCUUAAGGUGUUGGCCACUAUCCUGCCGGUUGGCCUGUUGCUUGCUUCCUUCCCACCGACUGUCAUCAAAGUAAAUUCCACGCAAUACCCUUAUCAGUUCCAAAAGAAUUCGACGGUAUACCAUCCAAAUGUUAUUACUGGAAGGUAUAGGGCGUUGAGAAAGAUGGACACGGAAUGGAAAACAAAUGGGGAAGACAAAUUGCCCGGAUACUUGAACGAUUGUUUGAAAAAGAAAAUAUGCAACACCUUAAAGAGCAACUAUUCUCAUAGUGAAUUGGAAACUCUACAGCAAAACUAUAAACUAAACUGGACCACGGACAAUGGCCCGACGAUGGUCGAAAUCGCAAAAGCAGCCGCGUCUGCAGAGCCGGAAUCGUGUCAAGUAUUCGUUUGCAGUGAUUGAACAAGCUGGGCGUCGCUGUAGCGUUCAAGUGUCGUUAUGUAUAAUAAUGUAUAGUAUAUACAUAUUUUAUUAUACUAUAUAGAUAAUGUCUGAAAUAAUAAUAAUAAUAAUAAUAAUAAUAAUAAUUUAAUAUACCUGGUAGCUUGUGUAUGUAUAGGUACAUUUUUAUAAUAUCAACACGGUAACCACAAUUUUUAUGUGUACCGAUCAGACCGCGAGAAUUCCAUUAAUGCGCGGAAUGCAGACACGUUUUAAUGGCUGGGUAUCGGAAGUUGACUUGGCCCUGGGCGAACUUUCGUUCUACGAUAGCCAUAAAUAAAUAAUAAUAAUAAUAACAAACCAAAACUGCUGGAUGAUUUUCGUCUAAGAAUGUGGUUGAUGACACAUUCUUACUUUACGGAUAUCGCUUUCUUUUGUGGCUUUUGAAGCGAUCCCCGUGGACGAAUAGACAUCAUACGAUUAAUAUUACACAUAUACUUGGAUUAAAUAAAUAAGUAUGGUUUGAUAAUACAUUUAUAAUAUACUCUAAUCAACGGUAGAUAAGUACAAUAUUUUCUACUAUAAAAUUUAAACCGGAUGAAAAUUCAAAAGUCGCGGUUUCCACACUGUUACAUAUAUUAUAUGAUUUGGCAGAAAUCGAUCAUUUAUUACACUGUAUUGUCUAUAGAUUAUAUUAUGCUAUUAUCUUGUACCUAUAGACGUAAAAUAUUGUGUAUGAUUUUUGCACUAUUAUAUACAUUUUUUUCGUGCUAAAGCAUAUUAAGGCUGUUAUUAAUACAGAAUAUGUAUGGAGAAAUACUCAACUCUAGGUUAACUAACUCUAAAUUAUCGACGAAAAAACAAUAGCAUCAUUCAGCAUUGCCAUCAAACUGUCAUAAGAUUAAAUAUUUUCUUGUAAACUAUCAAGAUCGUCUCUAACUGUAUCAUUGUCUAAUCAAAAUAUAAUUGCUUAUUUACGCUGCUAUAGUAAAAUUAUUAUGACACAAUGUCCAAUCCAAAUUCUUAGCCAAAUAAUAUUUACUUGACACAAAUUUCAAUAUAGGUAUUGAUAACACUAAAAGUCACAUAACGCAAUGUGGUUGUUGCAGUAUACAUAUUCAUUAUGCAGCACAUAAAUUCGAUUUCGUCCGUCGAGUGAUUCGAUAAAACAUCUAACGGAGUAUAACGUAUUUAAUGUAAGGGGCGAGGAAAAGUAAAACCGAAGAGCAGCGUGUGCAGACACGCUUAACUGCGAAAUUAAAUAACUCUCCAGCGAUUAUACAUUCCUCUCUCUUCAGACGUUGUAGAUUUAGCGUUAUGAUUUAAUAUUUUGUAUAAUACGUAGUGCGUACAAUGUGUAUGCAAGUGAAUAUUAAGGUCGACGUUAAACUUUUUAGAAUGUUUUUAAUAAAACGUUUAAUACCUAUUCACCAAAAUGUAUACGUCGUCUCAUCAUCCUAUUAUUCUAGAUUAAA